AUGCUUAGGUUUUCCUUCUCAAUCAGUUCAUCAAACGAGAUCCCCCAUGAAGGCACUGGUGUAAGCCGCUGCCAGGACCAGCCGCCCACCUACAACCUGGAGGCCGGCCAGGGCGACUUUGCCUGCGGCCCUCAUGGCUACUGCGCCAUCCCCGCUGCCCCCCUGCCACCGCCCUACCCCUACCUCGUCACAGGGAUACCUAUUCACCACCCCAGGGUCUACAACAUCCACAGUCGAAAUGUCACCCAGUACCCUGCCAAUUCCAUCGUUGUCGUUGGCGGCUGCCCAGUCUGCAGAGUCGGGGUUCUGGAGGACUCCUUCACCUUCCUGGGCAUCUUAUUGGCCAUCGUCUUUUCCCCCUUUGGGUUCAUCUGCUGUUUUGCCUUGAGGAAGCGAAGAUGUCCCAACUGUGGAGCAAACUUUACCUAAAGGGAACAGCACACCUGGCUUUCCUUCAUCCAGCUGUCUUUUUCUAAUGUAUAUGUCGUGUACAGUAGCUUUAUUUGAUUAAGCUUCAGGACUGUUUUGUAAGGGAGGUGGGAUAGAUUUGGCAUGUGCGAGCUGGGUUCAGGGCACAGGUCACGGAGUGUG